AUGAAGAAUUCAUUGACCAUCUUCUCCGUUUUGUGCCUCAUGGCCUACGUUACAGAAUGUCUCAGUAGAAGAGCAAACAAUAAUCCUCUUCAUGAAUUUCUGAAGACGAGGAAUUUAAGAAAGCAAUCCGACCAUCCUUUCCUUACAAUGGACGAUUCAAAUGAUUUUGAUUCGUCAUCGGUUUAUGUAGCGUCACAGACGGGUAUGAAAGAAGCCGACAAAAUCAAAGCAUUGCCUGGACAACCGCCCGUAACAUUUAGUCAAUAUUCAGGUCAUGUUACCGUUGACGCUGAAGCCGGACGAGCAUUGUUCUAUUAUUUUGUUGAAGCCGAGAAUCCGACCAGCAAACCUCUAGUCUUGUGGCUAAAUGGAGGUCCCGGGUGCUCGUCAGUGGGGUAUGGAGCAUUCACCGAGCUUGGACCAUUUCGAGUAAACCCGGAUGGAAAAACAUUAUGGCAUAAUAAGAAUUCAUGGAAUAACGUGGCAAAUGUCCUGUUUUUGGACUCCCCAGCUGGUGUUGGAUUUUCGUACUCAAACAGAUCGUCGGAUUAUGUAACGGGCGACAAACAGACAGCUGCAGAUUCUUACACAUUCUUAGUAAACUGGCUCCAGAGGUUUCCAGAAUAUAAAACCCGACCCUUCUACAUAACGGGUGAAAGUUAUGCCGGUCAUUAUGUGCCUCAGCUUGCCGAUCUAAUCCUCAGAUAUAAUAAACUUUCGAAGAACGCCUUAUAUAUUAACCUAAUUAAUAGAAUUGCGAUCGGGAAUGCGUAUAUCGACACUGCAGAUAAUGGAAUUGGAAGCUUGGACUACUUUUGGAGUCAUGCACUUAUAUCUGAAGACACUUACAAAGGCGUAAAAACAAAUUGCAAUUUCUCUUCAGACAAACCUGAUUCAGAUCGUUGUAGAUACUAUAAAGAACAAUGGCAUAAGGAGAGUGGCAAUAUCAACAAUUACGACAUUUAUGCACCAUUAUGCCGCUCGCCCAGACAAUUUUCAUCGCAGAUAUCGAAUUUCGAUCCAUGCACUUAUGAUUACGUCGUCGAAUAUCUAAAUAAUCCCUAUGUGCAGAAGGCUCUCCACGCUAACACCACUCAUAUAUCUGGGCCCUGGGAUUUUUGCAGUGACCAGAUUAAAAAGUGGACUGACGGCCCUGACUCAGUGUUACCACUCGUCAAGAGCUUGAUGACUAGAGGCAUUAGAGUUUGGUUCUAUAGUGGAGAUUUGGAUACGAACGUUCCAUUUACAGCAACAUUGUACUCUUUGGUUAAAAUUAGAUCACCCGUUAAAACCUUAUGGUAUCCAUGGUACGUCAAUGACCAAGAGGUGGGAGGAUAUGCAGUUGGAUAUCAAAAUUUGACGUUUGUAACCGUAAGAGGGUCGGGACAUCAAGUGCCGAGUUACCAGCCCGAACGCGCGCUUGCUUUGUUUACAUCCUUUUUGAAGGAAAAAUUGCCUCCCGCCAAAAAUGGUUCCUAA